GCCCGCCAGGCCACCAUGACGGAACAAGCCAUCUCCUUCGCCAAGGACUUCCUAGCCGGAGGCAUCACCGCCGCUAUCUCCAAGACAGCCGUGGCAUCGAUCAAGCGGGUCCAGCUGCUGCUGCAGAUGCAGCAGGCCAGCAUGCCGAUGGCCGCCGCCAAGCAGUGCAAGGGCAUCGUGGACUGCAUCGUCCGCAUCCCCAAAGAUCAGGGCGUGCUGUCCUUCUGGAGGGGCAGCCUGGCCAAUGUCAUCCGCUACUCCCCCACGCAAGCCCUCAAUUUCGCCUUCAAGGAUAAGUACAAGCAGAUCUUCCUGGCGGGCGUGGACAAGCACACGCAGUUCUGCAGGUACUUUGCGGGCAACCUGGCCUCUGGCAGCACGGCCAUCGUGUAUCCCCUGGAUUUCACCAGAACCCGCCUGGCAGCCGACGUGGGAAAGUCAGGCACGGAGCGCGAGUUCCGAGGCCUGGGAGACGGCCUAGUGAAGAUCAGCAAGUCUGACGGCAUCCGGGGCCUUUACCAGGGCUUCAGCGUCUCCGUGCAGGCCAUCAUCACCUACCAGGCAGCCUACUUCAGGGUGUACGAUACGGCCAAGGGCAUGUUCCCCGACCCCAAGCACACACACAUCCUGGUGAGCUGGAUGAUCGCGCAGACCGUGACGGCCGUGGCUGGCGUGGUCUCCUACCCCUUCGACACAGUGCGGCGGCGGACGAUGAUGCAGUCCCGGCGCAAAGGAGCUGACAUCAUGUACACGGGCACCGUCGACUGUUGGAGGAAGAUCUUCAGAGACGAGCAGGGCGAGGCCUUUUUCAAGGGCGUGUGGUCCAACGCCCUCAGAGGCAUGGGGGUGGGGGCGGGCUUCGUGCUGGUCCUGUACGACGAGCUGAAGGAUGAAGACGCAAUGACUGGAAUAUACAAUGUAAAUGAUUCACACAUAGGCACCACCACCUCCAAGCUCUCCUGCUGGCUAGCCUCUCCUAGGGUCCCUUCCUGGCCACUCCUGCAGGAAUGUGUACAGACUGCAGCCCCGGUUGUCCAGCCUUGGUGCUUUCUGGGAGCCCCACCUAAGUACUUCCCGGUGGCCUGGGAACACAUCCAAUCCCCAGUGCAACUGGUACACAACCCCAAGGAGCUGGAGGAUGAAGCCACUGGUGGGUCCCAAUGCCCCAGGGCAGCAACUUGCAGUUCAGGAGUGCUGAGCAGAGAUCUGUGGCUAGAAGUUGAUCAGGGGAAGAGCCCCGACUCUCAGAACACUGAGAGGGGUGACACAGGUGGACUUAUGGGCCAGUGCACGAGCUAG